AUGGAGAAUGUUAUAAUCGAGGGUGAGGAGGUCAAUGGAGUAACAUACACGACAACGAAAAGGACAACCAAGAUCUCAGUUACCCACGGGAAGGGGGUUCGUCAAGUCCUGGAAGGAGACAACAUAAUAUUUGAUGAUGAAGAUGCAAAUGGCUUGAUCAUCCCUCAUAAUGAUGCUCUGGUAAUAUCUUUACAUAUCAAUGAUUCUAAUGUCAAGCGAGUUUUGAUUGAUCCAAGUAGCUCUGUGAAUAUCAUACUGUUAAGAGUGGUGAAUGAGAUGCAAGCGACUGAUCAUGACAUAACCAAUGCUCGAUCUUUGUCUGGGUUUGAUAAUUCAAGUGUUGUAACAAAAGGAGAAAUUAUGUUAGCAACAUUCACAGAGGGUGUUGUCAAAGAUACCAAGUUUCCAGUGGUGGAUGCAGACAUGAGUUAUAAUAUAAUUUUAGGAAGGCCGUGGAUUCAUGACAUGGAUGCAGUACCGUCAACAUUGCAUCAG